AUGUUUGCGAAGGUGGUCAUUUUGUCAACAGUAUUCUCAGCUAUCCAAGCUGGCUACCACAGCAACCAAGAAUCAGUUUCCUCCACCUCGUAUACCACCUAUCAUCCACCAAGCAACAACAGAUAUGGCCUGAGCCAUGGAUACAAUCAAGGCUACCAUCAAGGUCACAAUCAGGCUUAUAACCAAGGAGGCCAAUCGUACCCUAACUCCUACAAUCAUAAUGGAGGAUAUGGUAACUCGCAUAUUGGGAGCGGUAGCUACAACCAUGGUUCUAACCAUGGUAGUCAGUCUUAUGCGAAUUCUUAUGUUCAGCAUAAAGGAAAUGAUCAUGGAUAUACUGGGGUACAAAGCUAUCAUGGUGGAGCAUCUAAUGGAUAUCAUCAUGAUGAUUAUGACGAGAGCCAAAAUUACAAUGAUCCCCCAAAAUACGAGUUCAAGUACGGAAUAGAAGACCCCCAUACUGGCGAUGCUAAGACCCAAUACGAAGUUAGAGAUGGUGACGUAGUCAAAGGGCAGUACUCCUUGGUGGAAUCUGACGGUACUGUCCGUACUGUCGAAUAUACUUCUGAUCCACACCAUGGUUUUAGAGCUGUUGUCCAUAAAACUGGACAGGCAUCUGUAGCUUUUGCUACAUUCAGCAUCGCUUUGGAGCAAUCUUACCAACAUGCAACAUCAUUCUCUUCAUUCAAUGACAACCACAACACCGUACAGCAUAUCCACUCAGCUCCACAGCUCAAGGUACCAUCGUCUCCUCUUCACAGUGCCCCAAUCCAUGCGAGCCAAGUAUAUUCCGCUCCAUUGCCAGUAUACUCUGGUCAAGGUCACUCUAGUGGUCAAUAUGCAUCUCCGCUGAAAUCUGCUCCACAAGGAGGCAUCCUGUUUUCUGCUUUGUCUUCGAGGAACGUAGAAGCAGGUCCGAAAGGUGUGUUAUCUUCACAUAGCCUUCCAGUGCCUCAGUACUCAGAUCCAUCAAUUUCACAAGUUGCCCCACAUUUGGCCAGUCAUGAGCAAGAAGAAUACGGACCUGCUCAAUACGAAUUCGCAUAUGGGGUAGAAGACCGCAACACUGGCGAUAUUCACUCUCACCGUGAGUCCCGUCAUGGUGACCAGACCCAAGGGGAGUACUCCCUUCAUGAAGCCGAUGGUUCCAUCAGGACCGUCAGAUACAACGUGGAUGGACACAACGGAUUCAACGCUGUUGUUGAGAGGUCUGGCCAACAACAGAAGCAACACUGA